CGGCGAUUCUCGUCAACGCAGUGAUGCCAUUGAUCCUGGAGGCGCAUGGAAGACGAGGGGAGGCGAUGGAAGUUUAGCGCGAAGUUGACGUGAUGGCCGGGCAUCCUUGGCACUCUGGGGGUCCUGAUGGGAUCUCCUAAACCCCGAAACCACUGUGGGAUGCCUCAUGUCGGGUUGUGUUCGUUUCUGUGUUUUCUCACAUGGGGAUGCCUCCACACAACAGCCCGCCCCGAACAAAGUAAGACACUGGGCGAAGGGUGUGCGGUCUUUGCGUCAACUGUCGUAGUCUUUCCAUCCUCCGUCAUCACGGAGAGCCCCCUCACUUUGUCCCUCCGCGACAACAUUCGAUCCAGCCCGUGGGUGGCUGUGGUAUUCUACGCCGAAUGGCUUUUGGCCAUUCACGCGUAGAAGAGAAGUUCGUCUUCGCACCACAACCACUCCAGGCUUCCCGCUGAGCGUUCUAUGUCUGUAUGUGCAUGUUGUGUACUUGUUGCACUUGUUACUUUGCUUCGUUACGACAUUCCAACGUCAUCUCCAAAGCGAAGGGUCGAGUUUGCUUGCGCCAGCAUCUCCUUGACAGCAAGCACGUCAAAGCUCUUGGACUGCAGGUUGGUCACAAUGCGCUGGAUGCUCCUACGAUCAAGAUAGGGAUCGCGCGAGUGGUUUUGCGGCGGCCAUCUCGCCGGACCUUGCCUUCCCAGCCGUCUUGACCUCCCAUCGUGAGCCAUCGAUUGGGCUCCACCGUGAGGGGGAGGUACGGUUUGCCUGUGACAGGGUCGACCGUCGACGUCAAGAACGCCGACAGCGCUUGAUAGUUCUUUUCCGGCUACACUAGACAAAUAUCGAUUCAAUAGUUGCUCGUCAUGUAAUAAUACCAGCCAGGGGCAAAAACUG